AAUUAGGUUUUGUACCUCUACAAUUCUUCAGGCCUCACGCCCUCACUACUUAUUUACUGAACAAGAAUUGCAAACCGCUUUGCUGUUCCUGUAAACCGUUCUCCAUUUUCUCCGGAUAUACAUUUAUUUUUUGUCUUCUGUCAUAACAGAUGGGAGGACACAAACCACCCAGGAAGCAGAAGAAUCACCGCUCCCAGCGAGGUCAACCGAGCUCCAGCAGUGACCCUUCUAUGGAGGGCAGGUCUCUCCCAUCUGAAUAUGACUUAGACCAAGAGAGUGAACAACCUACUCCUGCAGUUCAGCUUGCUAUGUGGGAUUUUGGACAAUGUGAUGCAAAAAGGUGUACAGGACGGAAACUGGCUAGGUUUAAUUUGUUAAAAGAAUUGCGUGUGAAUGCUGGGUUCGGGGGCAUCGUCUUGAGCCCUGUUGGAACUCACUGUGUAUCUAGAGAAGACUAUCCUUUGAUCAAGCAGAGAGGAUUGGCUGUCGUGGACUGCUCAUGGCAUCGAUUGACUGAUGUUCCUUUUGCUAAACUCCGUUGUACUGCUCCUCGGUUAUUACCAUGGUUGGUAGCAGCAAAUCCGGUGAAUUAUGGCAGGCCAUGUGAGCUAUCUUGUGUAGAAGCAUUAGCUGCUGCACUGCUGAUCUGUGGUGAAGAGGAGACUGCUCAUUUGUUGCUGGGGAAGUUCAAGUGGGGGCAUUCGUUCUUGUCACUUAACAAGGAGCUCCUUAAAGCUUAUUCUGAAUGCAAAGAUAGUGCUGAGAUAAUUUCAGCUCAGAAUGCUUGGAUAUCUAAACAACAAAACCCACAGGCCUUUCGUAUUCUACAAGAUGAAGAAAAUAAAGAUGAAGCAUUGAGUGAUGAAGAAGCCAAUUCAGAUGAUUCUGAUGACGGGCUUCCGCCACUGGAAAGGAAUUUUAAUCAUAUGAAGAUAGAGGCUGAAGAGGAAAGUGAAUCAGAGGAGAGUGAAGAGUAAGGUAGAUUACGUGGCUACAAAUUUGCUCUGUUAAUCAAGAUUAGGUGAUAAACCAAGAAUGAAAUUUGUCUAUAACAUGCUGCUGCUGACCUGCUGAUCUGUAACAUGCUGCUGCUUACUUGCUGCUGCUGACCUGCUGUAGUCUACAGAUGAAUUGAACUCAGUAGAAAGCUUGGGUCGUCGAGCAGACUGAUAAUGUUUGUAAUCAUUGAAUGUAUGUGCACCGUUUUGCAGGCAUUUGAUCUUUGGUAGUUUGGUUAUCUCGACUAACAUGAUUUACAAAUUGCUCUAUUUGCUCUAUAAUUUUGUUUAAGUUUGGUCCAGAAAUAUUAGAGCAUUUAGUGUAUGUACCAAUGUACCAUGGGGGCAUUUAGCUUGGUUUUUCUUCAUGUGCUACAUAGUCUGGAAUCAAGUAGGCGUGUAGGCUUAGUUUCAAUAUAUUUUGUUACAAGAAAUAAAAAUGACUGGUUGGCAUUUUCUGUA